ACACUCGUUUUGUCUCUGCUUAUUUAUUUGCCUAUCAAUACAAACGGAAAAUGGCAUAUUUAUCGUUCAACGGCGUUGGAGAUUUGCCUUAACAGGCAUCUGGAGCCAAUAUUGAGAGAGAGAAAGAGAGAGAGAGAGAGAGAGAAAACUCAGCUGUUAGAAUGACGUAUGGGACAAAGCCCCGGCGUCCUUAGCUACAUGUUGGGGUAUUGGUGCAUCGAAACUCAGCUGUGUGUCAAUUAUUGUUGAUAAAAUUAUGGAAAGAUGCGUACAAAUGAUUUUCUAUUGGUUUAUGUAUUAUUAAUUGCACCAAUUUCCAUUGCUUUAUAUUUAUAUGGUUUCUUCCCAACUGUUAAUUAUGGUGACAAAAUCGCCACUCGAAAAGAUAUUCCGCAACAUGUUGAGAAUGUUAGGAUACAAACAGAUAUGCUAUAUAAACCGUUAGUAAAAAAACUGAUAAUCAUGGUGAUUGAUGCACUAAGAUGGGAUUUUGUUGCAAAUCCGGUAGGAAAAUUUGCUAUGCCAUUAACAAAUAGUUUACUAGCAAACUCUUCUGGAUGCUUAUUAAGAGCUAAAUUGCAAUCACCGACAGUAACAAUGCCCAGGAUAAAAGCUAUGAUGACUGGUACAGUGCCAAAUUUUGUAGAUAUAAUUCUGAAUUUUGGAAGUAAACCUCUGUCUAGUGACAGUUUGUUACUUCAAGCAAAGAAACAAGGACACAAAUUGGUUUUUUAUGGGGAUGAAACUUGGCUCUCCCUAUUUCCCAAUAUAUUUAAUCGGUAUGAUGGUACUACUUCAUUUUUUGUUACAGACUUUACAGAGGUAGACAGUAAUGUAACUAGACAUAUACAGGAUGAAUUGAAUAAUGAUGAUUGGUCUGUGAUGAUCCUGCAUUAUCUUGGACUAGAUCACAUUGGUCAUAUUGAGGGCCCAUUUGGUGCAUCAAUUAAGCCUAAACUACAAGAGAUGGAUGAAAUUAUUGGUCAGAUUGCUCGUAAAGUGCAAUAUUGGAAUGAUAACGAUACCUCUGCACUUUUCGUCGUCUGCGGUGAUCACGGAAUGAAGGACUCAGGUGGCCACGGUGGCUCAACGUUACACGAAACGGUAGUGCCGUUCAUCACGAUAGGACAAAUGCACUGUCCUGUGCAAAAAAAUGAAUCAGAGUGGAUUGAAAUUGAACAGUUAGACAUAGCAGCAACUCUUUCAGUCGCUUUGGGAUUACCCAUCCCCUCCACAAAUCUCGGCUCUAUAUUUCUAGAGAAUAUUUAUAAUCUUGCCGAUUCUAAGAGAUUAUUUCUUCUUUAUUAUAACACCAAGCAGCUAUUCAAUCAUUUUCGGAAGCUUGUCAUUAACGAGUCACAAAAUAUACACCGAAAAUAUAGAAACACCGUGAGAUUACAUAUUGGUUGGUUGAAUGCAAACGAGAAACCGAGCGGAAUGGUAGAAUACAUCGCCUCUUCGUACAAUGCAAUCCUUAAGGACAUAAAGAGUACUUUAAUCGCUAAUAUGGUCAAAUACGAUAUUCGUUUAAUGACCGUCGCUGUACUCUUUCUUUUUCAUAUACUUUGCAUUUUGUUUGUUGUACGAUAUCUUGCUGGAUCUAUAUACAAGAAGAUGGUAUUUUUUUUCUUGCUAAAUGCAAGUUUAUGUCUUGGGAUAAGUUUCUUCGUGGAUCCUGAGAGUACAUCUUCAUCCUAUCCAACGAACGUAUUCAGUUUUCUGUUGAUUGUACUUAUCAUUAUUAUUUUAUGCAUAAAUUGCUACUUGUUGUCGAGCGUGAAACGUAGCGACUUAUUUCUAAUGAAGGUGAAAAAGGGAUCAAAGAUGCGAAUGUUCCAAAUCGGUACGUUAUUGCAUAUAGUGAGCUUUUCUGGCAGUAGCUUUAUUGAAGAAGAACACCAAACUUGGUAUUUCUUCUGGGGUAGUACCGUUGCGUGUUUGCUCUAUCGUUGCUCCGGGAAAUGGUUCGCGUAUCAUCGAUAUUGCAGUGAUUCUAGUCAUCAGUUCCACGUACUUUGCAUUAAGUUAUUGUUGCUACUGAUAGGGCACAGAAUUUUGCGAAAACUAAAUAGUACCGGCGAUAAGUACGCCCAUCUACCCGACAUAGCCAGUUGGUUGAAGGAAGAUAAUAGCAGAGUAGGCAUGACACUCCUACUGCUCACUGCACUUAUUUUUCUAAUUUGGAUCGCUUACGAUUGCGAGAAUAAAGAAUACAAGUGGCAAUCGUUAAUUCUUAAUACAGUAAUUGCAGUAUGUAUAUAUCUUCGCCACGUGGCUAAUGACGCAGUCGGAAAGAUUCCAUCAUAUUUCUCGUCGAGUGGAAUAUACGAAGUACAAACGUUUUGGGGAAUAACGGCGUUGUUUCUUGUGAGCUGCGCUUAUCGAGUGAGAUUAAUGAUCAAAUAUAAUAGAAAACGUUUCACAAGCACGAUGCUAUUCUUCAUGAUCAAUACGUGGGUAAUGAUUUCGGCGAUGUUGCAUCAACCGUACAAUGUAAUCUUAUUGCCGAUGCAGAUUGUCGCGAGUUCGACGAUCGAUACUGUAUUAAAAGAGAAUAAUUUGCUCGAUCUCAGUGUCUUUGUGCAUUAUUGGCUCGGCAAUGUGUUCUAUUUUUAUCAGGGCAACUCCAAUAGUCUCGCAAGUAUAGACGUCGCGGCAGGAUAUGUCGGCUUACGUUCCUAUAUGCCUUUCAUCACCGGUGCAUAUUUAAUUGUCAAUACUUAUUCUGCUCCUGUUCUGGCUUACUUCUUGCUCAUUUACUAUCGACAGUUGAAUGAAACGCAUUCUGACACUGUUGUGCGAACAAGCAAGACUUAUAUCACAUGGAGGCUGUUCACGAUGACCGUUUAUACGAUCAUUAUUACAAUACAGCGUCAUCAUUUAUUUAUCUGGUCAGUAUUUUCGCCGAAAUUGCUGUACGAGUCAAUGUAUUCCGUGAUAAUGUGUUGCAGCACGCUACUAGUAUUAGUUGUAAUUAAGUUGCAACUUGCAAUGACACCUAAUUAUACAUCAAUAUCGACGACGUCGCAGUUCUGACUGCACGAAUUUUAAUAUUCGACCGAAAGCUACUUCUGAAACACAGUACUAAAAUACUAUAUAAAAAUUAAUAUAUUCUAUAUCAAUAAACACUUGGUGGUAAAAUAAAUUUGUGACGAGAGUGGAAUAUCGUUCAACGGAAAUUUUAUUCUAGCUUUAAAAAAGAUCUCGACAAGAUGUCGCAUUUCAUUUGAUCGGAAAGAAAUCAAAAAGUUCAUUUAAACAAAAUGCGACUAAAAACUGUCGUCGUUUAUCUAUUAUCAAUCACAACCGAAAAACUUUAAUCACGAGAAAUCAAGAUGCACGUAUUAUGGAACUUGUGAAAGAAAGAUAAUUUAUAUAUAAAAUUUUAUAAUAUAC